AUGGCUCGCACCAAGCAGACAGCGCGGAAGUCCACUGGUGGCAAGGCGCCGCGGAAACAACUUGCCACCAAGGUGGCCCGCAAGAGCGCGCCGGCCACGGGCGGUGUGAAGAAGCCGCACCGCUACCGACCCGGCACCGUGGCGCUGCGUGAGAUCCGUCGCUACCAGAAGUCUACGGAGCUGCUGAUCCGCAAGCUGCCGUUCCAGCGUCUGGUGCGGGAGAUCGCGCAGGAUUUCAAAACAGACUUGCGCUUUCAGAGUUCCGCCGUUACGGCAUUGCAGGAGGCGUGUGAGGCGUACUUGGUGGGGCUGUUUGAGGACACCAAUCUGUGCGCUAUACAUGCGAAGCGUGUGACUAUCAUGCCCAAGGACAUCCAGUUAGCGCGCCGUAUCAGGGGGGAUCGCACUUGAGCGCCGCCGAAGUCGCCGCUCUCACCACAAAGGCUCUUUUCAGAGCCACCACUUGCUCACAAAGAGUGCUGUGCCAACCGCGGGGGUUCUCUCAAAUAGUUUAAUUUUCAGCUGACC